UCAAAAGGAGAAUAAAGGAAAAUAGAAAAAAGAUUCACGUACUCUCACGCAAAUAACCAUUAUUAAUUCCGUUAGCAAAACUUCAAACCCCAUCUUCUUCUCUAGAGAAAGAUUGAUCUCUGGCAUAGGCUCAAAUAACCAGAUAUAAUGGCGGUAUCGGUGAAAGUCAGCAACAUCUCUUCAACUGCAACCGAGCAAGAUUUGAGGGAAUUUCUUGCGUUUCCGGGAAAAAUCGAAUAUAUUGAAAUGCAAAGUGAUAAGGGAAAUUCCCAAGUUGCGUAUGUUACCUUCAGUAAUCCAGAGGGGGCAGAAACUGCAGUUCUUCUCUCGGGGGCGGUGGUGUGUGGACAGUCUCUAACCAUAGCUUUGGCUCCGGAUCAUGCUCUGCCUGCCUCUGCUGCAUCUGUAGCAACACAGACUAGUAAUGCUGAGAGUGGCGAAUCUGGUUUGAGAAAGGCAGAGGAUGUUGUAACCGGCUUGCUAGCAAAGGGCUUCAUUUUGGGUAAAGAUGCAUUGAAUCGAGCAAAAUCCUUUGAUGAAAGGCACCAGCUAACUUCCACGGCAACAGCAAAAGUUGUUUCUUUGGACCAGAAGGUUGGUUUCACUGAAAAGAUCAGUGCCGGUACGGUUAUAGUGAAUGACAAAAUGAAAGAAAUGGAUGAGAAAUUUCAAGUGUCGGAGAAGACUAAAUCUGCAAUUUCAGUAGCUGAGCAGUCAGUGUCUAGUGCUGGAUCUGCCAUAAUGAAGAAUCGUUAUGUGUUGACUGGGGCUACAUGGGUAACGGGUGCUUACAGCAGGGUUGCUAAGGCAGCUGAGGAGGUGGGACAGAAAACUAAGGAGAAGGUUUUGGCCCAGGACAAUCAAGGAAAAACUGAAGAAGGUGCUCAUGUCCACACAUCCAUUUCUGAACCUAAUCAACCAUCCAAAACUGAACCUCAACAGGCAACCACAGCUAAUCAGCCUUCCAAACCUGAACAACAGGCCACCAAGGAUGGUCAACCUUCCAAUUCUGCAACAACUAAGGAUUGAUCCUCUGAUUUAUAUUAUACAAGCAUAUUAGUGGAUUUAUGAGAAGUUAGAAUGGCAUAUGUGGAAUAACUAAAUAGAAAUAAAAUAAAACUGAAGAGCCUCAGUGUAUUGAUUCUUUUCUGAGACUUCAUGCAGUCAAAUAUAUACCCUAUCUUGUUUUUAUUACUCUAGUUAUUAUUAGUUGCAUAUAUCUCCCACCGGGAUAACUCAUCUUGGAGAGUUUUGAGAUAUGUAUUGGGUAUGAGUUUAUUCAAAUUUUCCUUAA